UCUAUCAGCACAGUACGACAAGAUGAAGGACCGACUGGCGCAGCUGAAAGAGGAGACCGAUCAAACUCUUGAUGUGGAGAUCCCGGUGGAAAAGAAAGAUUUCAUGGAUGAGUUUUUUGCUCAGAUUAAAGAGAUCCGCACCAGUAUUGACAAGAUUGAUGCAAAUGUGACUGAAAUAAAACACUUGUAUUCUGUCAUCCUUUCUGCACCUACUUCAGAUCAGAAGACACAAGAUGACAUAGAGGCCAUCACCAAUGAGAUCAAGAAAUUAGCCAACAAUGCACGCUACAAACUCAAAAGCAUUGAGCAAAGCUUGGAAUCAAUCACAGAGGAAAGACUUUCGGCUGAUAUGCGGAUAAAGAAGUCUCAGCAUGCCAUCCUAGGAAGAAAAUUUGUGGAUGUCAUGACCAAGUACAAUGAAGCUCAAGUGGAGUUCAGAGAGAAGAGUAAAGGUCGUAUCCAGAGACAGCUAGAGAUCACGGGUAAAAACACUACUGAUGAGGAGUUGGAGGAGAUGCUGGAUGGUGGGAAUGUUGCUGUCUUCACAGCAGGGAUUAUGGCCUCAGGCAUCUCCAAGCAGGCCUUGAGUGAGAUUGAAGCAAGGCACAAAGACAUCAUGCGUCUGGAGAAUAGCAUUAAGGAGCUCCAUGACAUGUUUGUGGACAUUGCAGUGCUGGUGGAGAAUCAGGGAAGCAUGAUUGACAGGAUUGAGACUAACAUGGAUCAAUCAGUGGGCUUUGUGGAGAGAGCAGUGGCCGAUACCAAAAAGGCUGCCAAGUUCCAGAAGGAAGCGCGCAGGAAACAGAUGAUGAUAACAUUGUGUUGUGUCAUUCUUGCGGUCAUCGUCCUCUCCCUUGUCUACAGCUGGGUGAAAUAG